CACACACACACACCAUAUUACCCCUGAAUGUUAAAUCCCAACCCUUCCCCCCUGGAAGGCCUUUAAUCUGUGUUUGAGGGUCAGCAGUGUCGCUGAUUAACCACGGCGACCAAUCAAUAAUUAACUCAAAGCGCCCAUAAAACGCCCACGCCCUUUGUCACAACGCUAACCCUUUAGCCUCAUUUAGAUACGUGUGCCGCCGUACCGCCUGGAAAGGAAAUGACUCUUGGUAUUUAAAAAAAAAAAACUUCGAGUAAUUGGGUAGAAGUAGUCAGUGUUGCGUUCAAGUGCCUAUUUAGUGUCGGAAAAAGUAAUAUUCUGUUUUUGUAAUUUUGCUUUUCUGAAUGCCUUUUCAGCAUUGUUAAUUCAAUGGCUUUAAAGCCAUUUGAGCUGAGCUCAGGACUGCUAAUUAUACUUUCAUUCGUCGACGCCCACGUCACUCAUCAGCCCAGGCCCCGCCUCUUAAAUACCCAAAGUCACACUUUUUUUUUUCUUAGAAGAAGAGGUUGGAAACCCCAUUUGGAUCGAAUGCACAUCUUGUUAAGUAAUGCAAAAUCUCAUUUCAUUCGAUAAGGUCAUCGGUAUAUUAAACGAUUCUACCAAUAUUCGAUAACUGCAGCCCCUCAUUUACAGCACUUGAUGUUGCUUUUGUUAACACCUCCUGCAUCCAUUUUCAUAGACAUCUUCUGCUUCUUCCCCCCCCCCCCUCCUCCUCUUUGUGUUUCCCCCACCUGGAGAGAGGGGAGGAGCGUCAGGUGACGCUAAAUGAUUCAAUGCCAGAGGAGCUGCUGAGAUUGACAACCAGGCAGCCAGGCAAAAAAAAAGAAAAAGGCUGCGAAAGAGUCGGAUACGAAAGAAAGGAAGUCAAGAGUUGAGAAUAUUUGGGGAUACUAACCCAUAUGUAGCCUACGUGAGGCCCUCGUCCUGUCUGCUGACCUCCUGUACAAGCCUGCAGCCCUUUAUUCCCUUCCUGGGAUUUUUAACAGCUCGCCUUGUGACAGAUGUUGAACUUCCAGAGGGUGUGGCGCCUGUAGCCGACGGGAUGGAGAAGCAAAUGGAGGAGCUGAGGCAGCAGCUGGAGAAGCAAUGUGUCAUCAACAAGGAGCUGCAGAGGCAAAAUAAAGACUUGGAGCAACGUCUGCAGGAGAAAGAGAAACUCCUUCAGGAGCUACACGCUCAAUACCACGACCUCGAGUUUCCACCUCCGAGUGGCGCUGAGAUCGAACCCGAGUUCAGGAAAAGUCGCGCUGCCGUCAUCGCGCCGGAACCCAUCCCGGAGACGCUCGUUAUCAGGAAGUCCAGAGUCAAGAAAACCGACAGCGAGACCAACCUCAUCGUGAAAGCAAUCCAGAAGAACGACUUCCUGAGCCGGCUGGACGAUGAGCAAAUCGCCAUGAUGGUGGACCUCCUGGAAACGUCCAAAGUCAGCCGCGGGGGCGAGGUCAUCAAGGAAGGAUCCGAAGGGGACAGCAUGUACAUCGUGGCAGCCGGCGAGCUCCUCGUCACCCAAGCGGGCCGCGACCUCCGAACCCUGAGCAUCGGCGACGUCUUCGGGGAGUUGGCGAUCCUGUACAACUGCAAACGAACGGCCACGGUUAAAGCCAAAACUGAGGUGCGUCUGUGGUGCAUGGAGAGACAGACCUACAGGACCAUCAUCACCAACAAAUCCAAGAAAAAACGAGAGGAGCUCCUGGGCUUCUUGAAGACGUCUCGGACUCUGAAGGACCUGAAUGAUGUCCAGUUAUCCAAAAUCAUUGACUCCAUGGAGGAGGUGAAGUACCAGAACAAAGAUGUCAUUGUCCGAGAGGGAGCGGAAGCAAACACGUUCUAUAUUAUUCUUAAAGGAGAGGUACUGGUGACGAAAAGUGUCAACGGGCUUCAGAAGCAGAUUCGACGGAUGGGGAAGGGCGAGCAUUUUGGGGAACAGGCCCUCAUACGUGAAGUGUUAAGAACGGCCACCUGCACUGCUGACGGCCCAGUGACUUGCUUCUCUAUCGACAAAGAGGUGUUUGAGGAGACAAUCCCAGUCGAGCACUUGGAGCUAUUUGAUGACUCCAAGAUGCUGCAGGAGGCACAGGCUCCAGAAAAUUCCAGCCCCAAGGCCACUCUGAGAUUUAAGGACCUGGUCCCGGUGUUGUACCAGGAGGGCCGCUACCAAGGGGACCCAGUCACCCUCGGAGUCGGAGGGUUUGGCCGCGUGGGACUGAUGACCACGUUGAACCAUGGAAAGUAUUACGCCGUGAAACGAGUGAGUAAGAAGCACAUUGUUGCCAAGAGACAGGAGGAGCACAUGUUGUUUGAAAAGAAGAUCCUCAAGGCCAUCCAGUGCGACUUCAUUGUCAGGCUACACGCUGCCUUCAAAGACACUCGUUACAUUUACAUGGUGAUGGAGUUCUGCGGUGGCGGGGAAAUCUGGACCAAACUCAAAGAAGUAGGGCGUUUUGACGAGCAGAUUGCCAUUUUCUGCACGGCGUGCGUGGUGGAGGCUUAUGCCUACCUCCACAAAAAGAGCAUCAUGUACCGAGACCUCAAGCCCGAGAACCUCAUGUUGGACGUGCGCGGCUACGUCAAACUGGUGGACUUUGGUUUUGCCAGAGAGUUAGUGCGCGGUGAAAAGACGUACUCCUUUGUUGGUACUCCUGAAUACAUGGCCCCUGAGAUCAUCAAGAAUCAGGGACACGACUUUGCUGUUGACUUCUGGUCACUGGGCAUCCUUAUCUACGAGCUACUGGUCGGAAGUCCUCCCUUUUCGAGCUCGGAGCCUCAGAAGAUUUAUGCCAAGAUCCUAGACGGUGUGCUGAAGUAUCCUCCCUACCUAAGCGAGGCGGCGAAGUCCAUCAUCAGUAAACUGUGCAGACCACGGCCCGGUCAGAGGUUGGGAAACACCAAGAAUGGCAUCAAAGAUGUCCGACAUCACAGGUGGUUCAGUAAUAUGAACUGGCACAAGUUGCGCAUGGCUCAGCUAGAUGCGCCCACCGUCCGCCUCAUACGCAAGGGCCCUUGCUACAUCAAUUUUGACCGCUUCCCUCAGGACCAGACCAAGACAGAGGAGGAGUUCUCAGGUUGGGACCGAGACUUCUAACCUGCAAAGAGACUGCACACGUCAGCCCCCCAAGACAACUCUGGGGAAAAAUACUCAAAGCGCAACAUACCCAUAGGCAUAUAUUCUUUAUCCACUACAAAGAAUUAUUAAUAUUACUUCCGUACUGAGGAGCUGAGAACCUCUCCAUGUACAGUAU